ACAUGAGUAUGUGUGUACAUACCGCUUUACCAUAACCUUGCUACAGUCAUCAGCUGGUUUACUAAAACGGAUUAUUUUAUUUUUAUUCGCCUUAUUGUGAAAAAUAUCUGGAAAAUCUUGACUAAAAGGAUAAUGAAAUGUUACAGUGACUCUACUGGGACUCUUCGUGUUGAUUAAGUUAUAUGUCUGUAAUUAAGGUGUCGGUAGCUAUAAUGAUAGUGUCUGUCGCUUUUUAAGCCUUAUAUUACAGGAUGUGGAACCUUAACUAUUUAAAAGUCAUAAAUCAUGGACGUUUACUCUCACAAGGACUUUGCAGGAAAUGUAUCGGACGGUGGAUUUCGACAUGUCUUCGUCAAAGUCAUGUUAGACACAGGAGAGACGCAUUUCUCUUAAACAGACGCACAUCUUUUGUAAGUCAAACACAACCUGUUUCAAAACCACCCUGGCGAAUAUUGUUCUUUGGAAGUGACGAUUUUGCAGUGGAAUCGUUGAAAAUGCUACAUGCAUCUCGAGAUGACACAAAAGCUGAAGUCAUAGAUUCUCUUGAGGUCGUGACGUUGUCCAGUGAUGCUCCAGUGUGGAAGUAUGCAGAGCAGCACAAACUUCCGAUUCAUCAAUGGCCAGAUGUGAACUUAAGUGCACAGUUUGAUGUGGGUGUGGUGGUGUCCUUUGGCUGUUUACUUAAGGAGAGCAUCAUCAACAAAAUGCCAUAUGGGAUCCUGAAUGUGCACCCUAGUCUUUUGCCACGGUGGCGGGGACCUGCUCCAAUCUUCCAUACAGUCCUACAUGGUGACUGUGUCACGGGAGUAACUAUAAUGCAAAUAAGACCCAAGAGAUUUGAUGUGGGCCCCAUUCUCCAACAAGAGCUGUAUGAGGUUCCAAAGAACUGCACUGCUGAUGAGCUGGGAGCCACUUUGGCAUUUGUGGGUGCCAGAAUGUUAAUGGACACACUAAGACACCUUCCAGAGAGGAUAGCAAAUAGAAAGGAGCAACCUAAAGAGGGUGCAACCUUCGCUCCCAAAAUCAGUUCCAGAAUGGCCUGGGUAACAUGGGAAGAGUACAGCUGUGAUUACAUUGAUCGACUAUGUCGAGCUAUUGGAUCUCGGAUUCCUUUGAAAACCAUAUGGAUGGGAAAUCCCAUUAAACUCUUGGACUUUGUUGGCAAAUGGAGUAUGCCUUUUCCAGAUUUAUCUGCAGUGCCUGGGUCUGUCUGUUAUCAGAAAGAAUCAAAUACCCUGCUGGUUCGCUGCAAGGAUGGCUGGGUUGGGUUCAAAACAGUGAAUUUCAAGAAAAGGUUGUCCGCCGCCGAUUUCUUUAAUGGAUAUCUCCACCAGAGUGUGCUGAAGAAAUCUCCCUCCCCAAACACCUGUCUCUUCCAUAGUAACAAAGAGAGAUGUCAGUCUCCAGGAGGACUGGACAGCAGGCCUAACAUGCUACUGCAGAAGAAAACUUCACUUUGAAGCCUAGCUUUUUUGCAAUCAUGAAUAAAUUAUCAAUCUCAAUCAAUUGCUCUAAUUAAAAAACAACAACAUUUGUCUGUUUUAAGACAGUGUUGUAUUUAGUAAAAGGCUAUGUAUGUGCAUUUGUACAGUGAAGAGUUGAAUGAAUG